AUGAAAUAUUGGAAGAUGGCUUAUAUUACCAGAACAUUCAAGAGAGCUCUGGAAAAUGAAAACGUGUCUGUGGAGCUGCUGAGCAACAGACUGGGAAAGAUUGAGAGAAAAAUAAGAAACAGAAUAGAUGUAGUGCUAAGACAGCUGAGCAUGCUGCAGAGAGAGCAGGUGGAGCUAGAGAGCAUGCAUUCUCAGAAAUAA